AUGAGCUGCUCGUGUCGCUUCGUCACAUGGCGGACGUUUGCGCGGGGUCUCGCCCAGAUUCACCGAUCCGACAAUCUCUCUGCGGCGGCGCCGCUUCGAUGGCCGACUCGGCAGCUGGUGAUGCUGCCGGGGCAGAGCCGUGGACUGCAUGCCUCGGGAUAUAGGAGACAGGAGGAGGCGGCUGCUGCGAAAGGACAUGAUGAGGGGGAAUCUCGGAACACAAAAGCUGAGGAUGGGCGAUCAGGCGCAACGGAGGCACUGAACGAGGCGGUCGCCGAUGCGAAUGAACAGCCGGGCGAGAAGAUACGGGCUAAAAGGGACGGAAAGAAGAAGUUUUCCUCCGCUGCUACAGAUGGCAAAGGCGACACACGAAACACAACGCCAAGAGGAAAACGGGAACGAAAAGCCAAACCAUCAUUCGCGGAAGACAAUUCGCCCGAUGCCACCGGCCAGCAACAGCCCUCCAAGCCCGGGCCGCGCACCCAAGAGCCGUGGAAGCUCCACAAGGCGGCUUUGAAAGAAAAGUUCCCUCAGGGCUGGCAGCCGCGCAAGCGGCUCUCGCCCGACGCCCUGGCGGGGAUCCGGGCGCUCAACGCGCAGUUCCCAGACGUGUACACGACGGCGGCGCUGGCGGACAAGUUCCAGGUGUCGAGCGAGGCGAUCCGGCGGAUCCUCAAGAGCAACUGGCGGCCGUCGGCGGACGAGGAGGAGGAGCGGCAGCAGCGCUGGUUCCGGAGGGGCAAGCAGGUGUGGGAGCAGAAGGCGGCGCUGGGGAUCAAGCCGCCGCAGCGGUGGCGGAUGGAGGGCAUCGCGCGGGAUCCGGGGUACCACGAGUGGAGCAAGAGGGCGAGCCAGCGGGAGAGGGAGUGGGAGGAGGAGGAGGUGGCCAAGUAUCGGGCCUAUCGGGAGAGGAUGAAGAAGAAGGCGGAGGGCAAGGGGAGGCAAUGA